AUGCAGAACCUUCUCCUCUCUACCCUGGCAUUCAGUGUCGCCGCUGAUGCCUAUGGCUUAGGAGCUGCCGGCUGGGAUGCGGCAUACUCAAAGGCUCAGGCAGCCCUUCUUAAGCUAAAUCAGACCGAAAAAGUCGGCAUCGCCACUGGUGUCGGUUGGGAGGGAGGGCCCUGUGUGGGAAACACCCAUGCCGCCAGCUCAAUUGACUAUCCGUCCUUAUGUCUACAGGAUUCGCCCUUGGGAAUUCGCUUUGCCAAUCCUGUCACAGCGUUCCCUGCGGGGAUCAACGCUGGAGCGACUUGGGAUCGCAGUCUCUUGUACGCGCGCGGUGCUGCAAUGGGCGAGGAAGCCAAAGGUCUGGGCAUCCACGUCCAACUAGGACCAGUCGCUGGACCUCUAGGCAAGAAUCCCGAUGGCGGUAGAAAUUGGGAAGGGUUCUCGGUCGAUCCAUAUCUAAGUGGCGUUGCUAUGGAAGAGACAAUCCAGGGGAUGCAGGAUUCAGGCGUCCAGGCCUGCGCCAAGCACUGGCUGGGGAACGAGCAAGAGCACAACCGCGAAACCAUGAGCUCUAACAUCGGCGACCGCGCGACGCAUGAGCUAUAUGUAUGGCCGUUCAUGAAUGCAGUCAGGGCCAAUGUCGCAUCUGUCAUGUGCUCCUAUAACAAAUUGAACGAGACCUGGGCCUGUGAGAGUGACGCCUUGAACGAUCUGAUGAAGAAUGAGCUAGGUUUUCCCGGCUACAUUAUGACCGACUGGAAUGCGCAGCACACUGGUGUCAACAGUGCUUUGGCUGGACUCGACAUGACGAUGCCCGGCAGUGACUUCAACAAGCCGCCCGGCAGCAUAUUCUGGGGACCGAAUCUCGUGCAGGCUGUUGCUAAUGGCUCUGUGCCCCAAGCGCGUCUAGAUGAUAUGGCAACACGUAUCCUAGCAGCCUGGUAUCUUCUUGAUCAGGAUCAAGGGUAUCCUGAGGUGACGUUCAGCUCUUGGAAUGGCGGCAAAGCUACUGUUGACGUCACGGGAGACCAUGCGACUGUAGUCCGCACCGUUGCCCGUGAUUCAAUUGUCCUAUUGAAGAACCAGGAACAUGUUUUGCCUCUCCGGCAACCCAAGAGCCUGGCCAUCAUCGGGCAGGAUGCUAUCGUCGACCCCGCUGGUCCCAAUGCAUGUGCAGAUCGCGGCUGCAACAACGGCACGCUAGCUAUGGGGUGGGGAAGCGGCACAUCCGAGUUCCCUUACCUCAUUGGACCCCUUGAUGCAAUCCAAGUCCAGGCCAAAAAGGAUGGUACGAAAAUUAUCGAGAGUACGACCGACAGCACUACAGCUGCGGCUUCUGCUGCCGCAGCUGCCGAGACUGCCGUGGUCUUCAUUAAUGCAGACAGCGGCGAAGGUUAUAUUACAGUGGAGGGCAACGUUGGCGACAGGAACAAUCUCGACCCCUGGCACAACGGAAACGAGCUAGUCAAGUCCGUCGCGGCAGUGAACAAGAAUGUCGUCGUAGUCGUCCACAGCGUGGGGCCGGUUAUCCUGGAGACCAUCCUAGCGCAGCCCUCCGUGAAGGCAAUUGUAUGGGCCGGGUUACCAGGGCAGGAAAGCGGAAAUUCCCUGGUUGAUGUGCUGUAUGGCAGCACCUCUCCAAGCGGAAAGCUGCCUUACACGAUCGCCAAGCAGUUUUCAGACUACGGGGCUGGCUGGAAUAGUGCGCUAGACGACAAUUUCGUGGAAGACUUGUUCGUUGAUUACCGCCACUUCGACAAGAACGGUAUCGCCCCGCGCUACGAGUUUGGUUAUGGCUUGUCGUAUACGACCUUCGACUACAUUGGACUUGUCGUUGGCAUCUCUGCCACAGCUGGAGCAUCAAAUGGACGCAUUGUCCCUGGCGGAGCGGAGGAUCUUUUCGAGUCGGUCGGAACUGUCUCAGUCACUGUCCAGAACACUGGCGACGCAGCUGGUGCUGAGGUUGCUCAGCUCUAUCUUGGUCUUCCGGAGUCUGCUCCAAGUACUCCACCCAAGCAGCUGCGAGGGUUCCAGAAGUUGAAUCUCCAGCCGGGAGAGUCGGGGACGGCUUCUUUUGAGCUCACCCGGCGUGACUUGAGCUAUUGGGAUGUUCAGACGCAGAAGUGGGUUUUGCCUAGUGGUACCUUCACUGUCUAUGUUGGAGCGUCUAGUCGGGAUAUUCGUGGGGACAGACAGUUUACUGUCGGUUAG